AUGGAGAACCAACUCACAACUUGCCAACCUCGUCCCACCAGCGAGACCCUGCCUGCGGAACUCCGAAUCCAGAUCCUGUCAUCCAUUUCGAACUUGGAGGAUCUGAUGGCUGCAGUCCGCUCAUUGCCAGUCCUGCAUGAGCAAUACUUGUUGGACCGGCAGCGGAUUUUGGGACGCAUGGUCAAGGCGACUCUGGGAAAUGCGCUCGUGGACGCAUACAUGCUCCGCAGAGCGACCGAACUCUGCAGCCGCCAACCGGUUCUGCCGACCGAAACGAUCCAAUCGCUUCUUGCGGAGUAUCAAAGCCUCCACCACUCGGAUCCCGAUGGUAUUCUGGCGCUAUGCAGCCUGGAUGACCUCAUCGGGAUCAGCCGCUACUAUCUCUCGGUUGUCCGGCAGGAUGUGGUGGAGGCUUCCGCACUCAUGGAGGCGGCGUUCGAAGAGCUGGUCAGCUCACCGCAAUGCGGCUUCAAUAUCGAAGCCGUGUUGUUUACGACCACAACACGGGCCGACCUUCUGUCGACGGCCCAUCGGUUUCAGUUUGAAUGGGAAUUUGGAAACACAUAA